CUUCAAUACACGGUGGCUAAUGGAAGGGGACAAAACUGGUUGAAAUAUUCAGCCUCCAAAAGACGCCUGAUUGUGAUUUCAAUAUAUUUGAGUACACAGGUUUUGAGCUGGACUCCACGAGCUCUUUGAGAGGUCACAGGCAGGAUGGCUCUCCCUGGUAAUUACAAACAAGUCGCACUCUCAGCUUCUAGUAUGGUGGCUACAAACCAACGUUUGAGAGCUUCUGGAGGAGGUGGAGGAGGAUCUGGGGGAAAUAAAGAUUCCGGGAGUCCAUUUAUCCAGACUCCCCAUGGUCAUCCUGGAUUCACCCCUCAGAAAGUUGGAAAAAAUGCUGCGGCGGACCCAAGACUCCCGAAACCUCCGAAGCCGCCAGAAAAGCCGCUAAUGCCAUACAUGAGAUACAGUCGUAAAGUGUGGGACCAAGUGAAGGCCCAGAACCCCGAGCUGAAGCUCUGGGAGAUCGGCAAGAUAAUUGGUCAGAUGUGGCGCGACCUCCCCGAGGACGAGAAAACGGACUUCAUCGAGGAGUACGAGACGGAAAAAGUCGAGUACGAAAAAUCCCUGAAGACGUAUCACAACUCUCCAGCCUACCUGGCCUACAUAGCCGCCAAAAACCGUGGGAAAUCCGCCAUCUGCGUCACGAGUUCCAGCUCUGACGAUCGCGAGACCCACGAUCGUUCCUCAGGGGGCAACAAGAAUCAGGCAGUGCAGGACAGGCGCAUAGACAUUCUCCCAGCAGAGGACGACGACGAUCAGGACGACGGUUACUCCGUGAAACACGUGGCAUACUCGAGAUACACUCGUAACCACAGGCUGAUAAACGAGAUCUUCAGUGAUACUGUUGUUCCAGACGUGCGCUCAGUGGUCACCACCCACAGAAUGCAGGUCCUGAGGCGACAGGUGCAGUCACUGACGAUGCACCAGAAGAAAUUGGAGGCUGAGCUGCAGCAGAUCGAGGAGAAAUUCGAGGCAAAGAAGAGGAAAUUCAUCGAGACGAGUGAGAUCUUCCAGGAGGAGCUGAAGAAGCAUUGCAAACCAGCCGUUGACGAGGACACAUUCAACAAGAUGGUGGAGCGCCAGUACGAGUUAUUGCGUCGUGAGAGGGUCAAAGGUGCUGAGGAGAGUCGCCCUGAGACAGGAUCAAACGAUUCAACCCCAACGUCAACCCCAACUCCAGCCUCAGUGAACGAGGAGCCAACCCCAAUGGAGCUUUCAGAGAACAGUGAAGGGGAUAAGAAGACACCAGAGCCCGAGAAGAUCGACACCAAGAAGGACAGUCCCUCGCCUCCCUACGUCGAGAGUAAAUCGGACUCUCCGACCCAGAGUAUCCAGAGUGCCCAGAUGAGCACGAACAGCAACAAGACUGCUGAUGGGAAUACGAGUCCAGUGGCCCCAGUUCCUACAGCAUCAGUCAUCAACAGCAGUACAACAGUUGUAACUAGUGCCUCAAGCACCCCGACAACAUCCCCAAACGACAAUGGGAACGGUAUUAAUCCAGCGGGAGCUGCAGCAGUUCCAGACAACCCAAGUCCCAACACUGGCAUCAAUCCCACUAAUGGGAAUAGUUCAGGGCCCAUGUACUCCACAGCAGUGAGUCCAAUUCACCAUCAGCUGUCGCCCCAGCCCCACCCAGUCAAUCAAAUCAGCAUGGCCCAGCAUCAGGGACAGCACCAGGGACCCCAUGUGACGAAUCCCCACCAGAUGCAGCCCUCAAGUCAGAGUCAAGCCCCCUUGCACCAGGCACCUCAGCACCCGCAGGGCCAGCACCAGGGCCCCCACCCAGGCCCCCAGAAUCAGCAUCAGCACCCUCACCACCUGUCCCACCAGGGCCCAAGUCACCCUGGGCCUAAUCAGCAUCAGCAGAUGGCGCCAGCUCCACCUCCCUCGCAAUCGCCAUCCCCACACUCUCAGGGGCCUCCAACACCUCAGUAUCCACCGCCUGUCAACCCCCCGACGACUCCCCCCACAUCGUCACCAGCACCAAUCUCCCAUAAUCCUCAUUCUUCAUCGUCUUCUCAUCCCCAGGCGCCUAAUCCCCCAUCGACUCCUCCAUCGUCGUCACCAGUUCCUUCGAUACCUCAUAAUCCUCAUCCCCCAGCUGGCAUGAUGUCCAAUCAUCUGCCGCCUCAUCAGGCACCUCAAGGGCCUCCAGUGAUGCAGGCACAGGGCCCUGGACCCAUGAUACCACCGGGGCAGGGCUACUCCCAGCAGUAUCCACCUGGGAAUCAACCGCAAGCCCAGAAUGUGCCUCUGGCACCGAGACCUCCUCAUCCCUCUUAUGGGUAUGGACAGCAGCAGCCGUACCAUCAGCCCUAUCCUCAGUACUCCCAUCCUUACUAUCAUCAGCCUUAUGCACAGUAUCCACCACAUGGCAUGGGUCGACCUCAUCAUGGUCCUCAUAGUCCUCACAGUCCUCAUUCCCCCUAUCAUCCGCAGUCUCCGCAUUCUGUGGGCGAGGGAAAUCCUCCGGGGAAUCCCCCGAAUGCUGAGGGCGGGGGGGCUAAUUACCCCCCUGGACCCGUGCAUGAACCUGAACGGGGCCAGCCCCAGGAGGGACAGGGCGAGGGCCAAGGGGAGGCCAAACCUGGGGGACAUUGAGGGAAGCUUCCAGAUGUGAAUGAUUUUUUUGGGAUUUUUUAGUAAUUGUGAUUGGGUGGAGAGGAGGGAAUGGAUUGGGAUGGAAGUUUGAGGGAUUGAUAGAGGGUGUAAAGAUGUUUUUCUUUAGCGUAUAUGAAGGAAAUUCUGGGAAUGAUUGGGUCACUAAAAAAUUAACGAAACUUGGAUAAUUGACAAUGAAAUAGUAUUGUAUAAUCAUUUCAUCCAAUUUCUCGUCCAAUCUUUUUUGAGGAAUGUCAUUGAUAGUGUUUUCUUUACUAUAAAAAAUAAAACUGCAAUUGGUAAUGAAAA